AUGGCCAAGGUGUCUGCGGCGAUAGCGACGGUCGCCUACCAGCUUCUGAAAAGGGAGUCGGAAGAUGAUUCGGAAAAUGGACCCGAUUCCUCCCAGAUGGAGAUCUUCUCCUCAUGGGCACUGUUCAUUAUGAUCAUGCUGCUGAUUGCAGCACUUUUCACAUCCUACAUGCUGCAACAGAAGAAAGUGGAAGCCGUACACGAAACCGUCAUAUCGAUAUUUGCGGGUAUGACAGUUGGUCUAAUCCUCAGACUGAGCUCCGGAACAUCGAUACAGAACCUCGUCAGCUUCAACUAUCAGAUAUUCUUCAAUCUCCUACUACCGCCGAUUAUUCUAGCUUCGGGAUACGAAUUACAUCAAGCGAAUUUCUUUCGGAAUAUAGGGACGAUUUUGACGUUUGCAUUCGCUGGGACAUUCAUCUCUGCGAUUGUGCUAGGAAUAAUACUCUGGGUUUAUACGCGGAUUCCAAUAGAUGGAUUUGAAAUGACAUUCGUCGACGCCAUUUCAGUUGGAGCUACAUUAUCAGCUACGGAUCCCGUCACUAUCCUAGCAAUCUUCAAUACCUACAAGGUCGAUCCGAAGCUCUACACCAUUAUUUUUGGAGAAUCCAUCCUCAAUGACGCUGUAGCUAUUGUGUUGUUUGAGACAGCUCAAAGAUACAAGGAAGGUGGUGCUGCCGGAACGCUUGGCAUCGUUAGCUUGCUCGAGGGUAUUGGCAUUUUCUUGGCUGUCUUCUUCGGAAGUUUGGUCAUUGGAAUGGCAGUUGGUAUUCUCACUGCACUCGCAUUGAAGUAUACCUUUGUCAGAAGAUUCCCUAAAAUCGAGAGUUGCUUGAUUGUGUUGAUUGCAUAUGCCAGCUAUUUCUUCUCAAAUGGCUUGCACAUGUCCGGCAUUGUCACGCUUCUGUUCUGUGGAAUCACUCUUAAGCAUUAUGCUUACUAUAAUAUGUCUCGCCGAACUCAGCUCACUACCAAAUAUCUCUUCCAAGUCCUGGCUCAACUGUCAGAAAAUUUUAUCUUUAUCUACCUAGGACUUUCACUCUUCACGGAGAGCAAGUUGGAAUUCAAACCUCUGUUCAUCAUAGUCACGGUCAUCGGAAUCUGUGCCGCAAGAUGGACGGCUGUCUUCCCGCUUUCACGUGCUAUCAACUGGUUCAUUAGAUACCGCGCCAAGAGAAGAGGCAUGGAAGUAGCGGAUGAACUUCCUUACAACUAUCAAGCAAUGCUCUUCUGGGCCGGACUUCGAGGAGCUGUCGGUGUCGCUCUAGCAGCUGGAAUGACUGGAGCGAAUGCUUGGGCCCUGAAAGCCACCGUCUUGGUUGUGGUCGUGUUGACCGUGAUCAUUUUCGGUGGAACCACGGCGCGUAUGCUCGAAAUCCUAGGCAUCAGAAUCGGUGUUGUUGAAGAAAUAGACUCCGAUGACGAAUUCGACAUCGAAGCGGUCCCAGGAGCAUCAUAUUAUAAGAACAACGGUGGCGGAAUAGUAAACGUCCCUCGAAGAAGCAAUGGAUCUGUUCAACUAGAUGGAUUGAACGGCCAUGGCCGCGGCCCAGAACGAGGAACCUAUGUGAGCGGCAACUCAAGCCCAGCAAACCGACCCUCGAGCCUCGUCCGGAAAUCCUCCAAUGCCCGCCACGACUCGGAACAAGAGCUGCUCCACGCUGUACCGGGGGAAGAUUCCGAUUUCGACAGCGAUACGUCCGACCUCCCACCCGCAGCCAAGCGACCGGAACGAAACAACAACACUGCAGAUGGUGACCUAGGCUCAUCUCCCUACCCGACCAGUGGGACCGCUGAGAAUCACGGACCGAGUAUCACGGCUAGUGGUGCUAUUAGUAGUUUGUUGCAUGGUACUGCUGAAGAUCACGCGGCAUGGUUCAGACAGCUUGACGAGGGCUUUAUCAAACCCAAGUUAUUGCUUGAUGGAGGGAAGCACGGUGGUGCUGGGCCUAGUUAG